AAUUCCAAAAGCACACACAAAUAAACGUCAUUUCUCUCUCUCUUUUUCUCUACUUUGCUGUUUUCUCCUCAUUCACACAGCAACAGAAUGAUGAUCACCACACCAUCUUCAAGCUUUCCUUUCUUCAAUUCCCUGUAACCCUCUCUUGUUCGAAGCAUUUUUGUCGGUUGAUCUUUUUGUGCUUUAUAUGGGGGCUGGGUUUUCUGGGUUUGUUGCAGAGAAGGAGGCUCCAUUGAGUCCGAGUCUCGGAGACAUACCGGAGAGCUGUGUGGCUCUGGUUCUGAAUUAUUUGGACGCUCCGGAGAUCUGUAAUUUGGGUCGGGUGAAUCGGGUGUUCCGUCAAGCUUCGUCCACUGAUUUUGUGUGGGAAUCCAAGUUGCCAGAAAAUUAUCAGUCUCUUGUGAAGAAGCUGUUCAAUCAAAAUCCAGACAAUUUACCCAAGAGACACAUUUAUUCCAUAUUGUGUCGUCCCAUUCGCUUUGAUGCCGGAACCAAGGAAGUAUGGAUGGAGAAGAGAAGUGGAGAGAUUUGUGUUUCGAUUUCAUGGAAAGGAUUGAAAAUAACGGGUAUAGAUGAUCGGAGAUACUGGAAUCACAUCCCAACUGAUGAAUCAAGAUUCCACACAAUUGCAUAUCUUCAACAGAUAUGGUGGUUAGAAGUAGAUGGAAACUUGGAAUUCGAAUUUCCAUCAGGAACCUAUAGCCUAUACUUUCGUCUCCAGCUUGGAAGACCCACAAAACGACUCAGCCGGAGGGUCUGUAACCUUGACAAAAUCCAUGGUUGGGACAUUAAGCCAGUCCGGUUCCAAUUUUCGAUGUCGAAUGGGCAGCAUGCCAUGUCACAGUGCUAUUUGAAUGAACCAGGGAAGUGGGUGAACUACCAUGUUGGUGAUUUUGUUGUUGAGAAGCCUAACAUUGCGACGAAGAUCAAGUUCUCAAUGACACAGAUUGAUUGCACACAUACAAAAGGUGGUCUGUGCGUAGACUCUGUUCUCAUAUUACCCAAGGCUAAAGGCUAAGAGAGUUUUAAGGCAGUUUUUUUGUGUUGUUGUUGUUUCCUAGUUUGUAAUAUACACAAAGUAGCUAGCUAGGCAUUAUUUUUAUUGGAAGUUGGCAGCCCCUAGUAGCAGCCAGUGAGGUCCUGUUUUUGUGGUCCGGGUCCCCAACAUCUAUGUUUAUAAAGCAAAGUAAAUUUUUUUAUUUUUUGUCUUUGCUUUUGUAAUAUUUGUUUCUUGUACCUGUUUUGUUCAUAUUCUUUUGUAAGUUCAAUCUUGUCACUCAUAUUUUAAUUCUCUGUCA